UCUUUUAGUGACCUUGUAUUUUCCUUAUUUUUUUAUCUUCCUCAUAUGUUACUAUAUAAAAAAAAAUAGGUAUUCAGUGUUUAGAGUUCCUACUGUUCCUAGAUGUUCUGUGGUGUAGAAUUCUAGAAUUUAAUUUAACCUAUUUUAAUAAUUUUUGUCGAGAUGAAUUUAUUUCGAAUAAAAAGAAUAUUAUAUAAUCCUGUUACUAAUUUACGAAAUCUAAGUGUUAGUAUUAAAAGGCCAACAAAACCUAAUGCUGAAAAUAUAAAUCCCGAAGAACCAGUGAAAUAUUCAGCAAGCCCAGCAAGCAAAUAUAAAGCAAAAUAUUCCAUAACAGGUAAUACAGAACCCCGAUUAUGGUAUGAACCACAUGUACUUUUGACGAGUAUGACAAUAUUUCUAAUAUAUUUUACCUUAUUGAGAGAGGAAAAUGAUAUAGAUCAAGAAUUAAAUACUUCUUUGUAUAGUAGAAUAGCAGGCUUAGAGGAACAUCAACUUACACUAUCUCUGCAGUAUAAUCAGCAAAAUGGAUUAGACACAGAUGCAAUUUUAAAUAGACUAAAAGAAAUAAAGAGAGAGAAAAAUGAAAAUGGAAUUAAAUAAAGUAUUUUAGAGUAUAGUAAUAAAAUGCUUAUUUAUUGUUUAAAAUUAGAAUAUUUAAUCUAACUAUACCUACCUUAAAAUAAAAUAGGUACAAUUAAGGAUAACAAAAAAAAUAAAUAAUGAAGUCUU